CUUGUGCAGGAGCAUCCCCUGUGUAAACUGUGUGCCUGGUGGCUUUGGUAGAAUGACUGACACUGUAGCAGGCAUGGGUCAUGAGGUUCUAGGGUGUACUGUGCUGGGGCCACCCUGGUAAGACAGCUAGACCUGGAGUGGGCCUGGGCCAGGAGAUCCUGUCACACACAGUGCCUUACAAGAUGGCUGAGUCUGGAGUGGGUGCGUGCCAGGGGUUCCUGGUGUAUAUCAUGCCAGGGCAGUCUAGGCCACCUUGGCAGGAUGGCUGGGUAAAGCAUGGCCUGGAGAAAUCCUGUGGCAUGCCACUCUGGGGCCCCUUGGCAGGACAGUUGGAGCUGGGGAGGGCACAAACUGGGGGUUGCAGCGUGGGGUGGUUCUUCUAGGGGCAGCUGGAGCUGUUGUGAACUAGGGGCACAGGACUUGCUUGGGGCAGCCCUAGUAAGCUGGCUAGAGCACUUGGACUCUGCUCCCAUCAAUGCUAUUAAGAUGGAAGGAGAAUGCAAAAAAUGGCACUUACCAGCAUCUCCAGCCCCAGAAAGCGUUUCAGUAGCUCCUUGUCUAUUUAGUAGAUGAUCUAGGAUUAGUUAAUGCAUUUUCUUCACUUAUAAACUAGUUGCCUUUUAAAUAGCUGGUUUUUGCUGUGCCCUUAGAUAGGGAAGUCUGUAUGUGGGCCCCUCCAUGAGGUUGUUGCAUUGGGAAUGAGGCUCCUAUUGUUAACCAUGCUCCCAUCUUUUUACUCUUCUCCAUGUAGUCCCUCUACCAUUUGUCAUGCAGCAGCUGUUCAAUCAGCCCUCACUUUUUCAGGAGGAAUUGCUGUAUAUGUAAUUGUAGAUUUGGUGUGUCCAUGGGAGAAGGUGAGUUCAGGGUCUUCCUAUGCUGCCGUUCUAGACCCUCUGUUCAAAGAAUUUAGUUUGAUGAUGGCAUUUAAGGUGCUGUGACAGAAUGGAGCAAACUUGGGGGUAAAGAGGGAUAGAAUGAUAAAAUAAUUGAGUUUUUAUUACUAAGCAAGAAUUGGUAACUUUCAUAGAAAGGCAAAUAAAUGCUUAAAUUUUACCCAGAGUGUUGUUUUUCUUGGGGAGGCAGGGAAGGGGAGAAAACAUGUUCUCUAUAAUGAAUGUUAAUGGGCAUCACUUAGAAAAUUCAUAUCAGAAAAAAAUUAUACUAAAAAAAACUAUUACAUUUAAAGGAUGAUGUUUCAAUAGGCUUUUUCACCUCCCUCAUGACCUAUUAAGAGGAUACUUAGAAAACAUAAUAGAUUCUUAAUAAAUGGUGAUGAAUAAGGUGAUAUUUCGAAGAUCCUAUCUUGCUGAUUCUUUGGCAGAAAAAACAGUUCGAAUGAAAAAGAAAUGUGAGUUUGGAAUGGCAUCCACAAUCCCGGGUGGACAUGUCUGGAAAGACACGUGGAAUCCUGUCUCUUGUAGUUUGGCUCCAAUCAAAAUGAAAGAAUGCCUAAGAGGAAAUUUUAUAUAUCUAAUGGGAGAUUCCACAAUCUGCCAGUGGAUGGAAUAUUUCAAAAACAGUAUCAGCACACUGAAGUCAAUGGAUCUGCCUGAGGCUGGAAAAUUGCAACACUAACUUGCUGUGGACUUGGAUGAGAAUAUCAACAUUCAGUGGCAAAAACAUGGUUAUCCCUUGAUUGGAUCAUUGACCUAUUCAGUGAAAGAAAUUGAGUACAUUGCCAGAGUCAUUGACAGAACUGGAGGAGAUAAACACACUGUCAUUGUUAUUUCUCUGGGCCAGCAUUUCAGACCCUUCCGCACUGAUGUUUUUAUCUGAAGGGCCCUCAAUGUCCACAAAGCUGUUCAGUGUCAUCUUCUGAGAAGCCCAGAUACUAUGGUUAUCAUCAAGGCAGAAAACAUCAGGGAGAUGCACACUGAUGUGGAAAGAUUUAGUGAUUUUCAUGGUUACAUCCAGUAUCUUGCCAUUAAGGACAUUUUUCAAGAUCUCUAUGUGGGCAUCAUUGAUGCCUGAUAUAACAAUUGCAUAUAGCAAAAUAGUGUCCACCCGCCUCAAUCUGUAGUCAGAAAUCAAAUUAAUAUAUUGUUAAACUGUAUUUGCUAGCUAACAUCUCUGAAAUUUAUUCACUUAAUUAAAAAUAUUUAUGAAGUGUUCGCUGUCCUGUCAGAUGCUGUAUUUGGCUCUGC